AUGACAGACGUCAACGGCACGAUGACAGAUACACCCGCUAUCAAUAAUGCUGUUGAAGAAAAAAAUGGUAUAACUGGAAAGUUAGAAGAAUUAAUAAGUGAAGAGGAUGAAAUUACUUUAGAAGAUUUGGCGCCAGACGGUGGAUGGGGAUGGAUGAUUGCACUAGCAAUGAUAUUAAUUAUGUUCACUACAAUAGGUCCAUCAUCAUCAUUUGCUAUAAUCUUUGGCGAUUUCCUCGAAAAUUCCGGGAAGGCGGGUAUGGCAUCAAGCCUUUUUAAUUCUGUCUUUAUGGUCAAUUAUUCUAUUGCUAGUAAGUAUAUGUAA